AUGGUAAACCCCACCUCAUUCUUUGACAGUGCCCUCAAAGGCGAGCCCUUGGGCCGCAUCUCCUUCAGGCUGUUUGCAAACAGGAUUCCAAAGUCAGUAGAAAACUUUCAUGCUCUGAGCACUGGCAAGAAAGGAUUUGGUUACAAAGGUUCCUGCUUUCACAGAAUUAUUCCAGGGUUUAUGUGUCAGGUUGAUGACUUCACAUGCCAUAAUGGCACUGGUGGUAAGUCCAUCUAUGGGGAGAAAUUUGAUGAUGAGAACUUCAUCCUAAAGCAUACAGGUCCUGGCAUCAUGUCCAUAGCAAACGCUGGACCCAACAAAAACGGUUCCCAGUUUUUCGUCUACGCUACCAAGACUGAGCGGUUGGAUGGCGAGCAUGUGGUCUUUCGCAAGAUGAAAGAAGGCAUGAAUAUAGUGGAGGCCAUGGAGUGCCUUGGGUCUAGGAAUGGCAAGACCAGCCAGAAGAUCACCAUUGCUGACUGCGGACAACUCUAAUAAGUUUGACUUGUGUUUUAUCUUAACUACCAGACCAUUCCUUCUAUAGCUCAGCAGAGCACCCCUCCACCCCAUUUGCUCACAG